AUGUCACAACAUCAAACUACUUCUGAUUCAAAAACUACUAAGUCUACUCGCAAGGUUAGCGCUCCUUCCAUGGACAUUCGCGAUGAUGAGAUUCUGGAUGUGGUUCCUCUAUCAGUUAUUCCCUGCGAGGCCCUUGAUUUAAACCAUCCCAUAGAUGCCUCAUCUUCUACAUGCCCAAAUCAAGGUAACAUCUCUAGUAUCCCUUAUGUCUCAACUCAUGCCACUAACUCUAAGGAAGAUAUACACCACACUGAUCACGUCAUAAGAAACUUAGUCACUAGAAUCCUUAAUGAAGGACAUUUUGUUAAGGGAGUCUCUACUCCCCUAUCUAAAAUGUACCCCUUUCUUGAGGUUGAACAACAUAGUGAGAAGAAUGACGAUUCCUCCAGUUCUGAGAAGGACAUGGUUGCUGAAGGUUUAUGCUCCCUAGGGCAAACUGUGUAUGGUAAAGGAAAAUCUGUGGCAUCUAAAACUGCCAAUGCUUUCCACUCUGAGAAGCACGAUGAUGCAAAUGAUGUGAUUGACCUAGAGGAUGAUAGGUCUGAUGAUCAAGAGGAUAAUUUACUUCAUCACCUAAAGCCAAGUGUGGCUAAACGUAUGGAGACUCAAAAAGGAAGAUCUGUGGCUAAACUUAUGUCAGCGAGAAAAACUAAGAAGACUGCUGGUAUUGGUCCCUCCAAAUCUUGGAGCAAGGUUGAAGUGAAGAAGAGGAAGGUUAGAGAAGACUAUGAGUCUGAAGAGGAUGUUGAGGAAGAUGUCCCUGGCAUCUCCCCUGUGAAGAAAACCACUGUGAGGAAGUUCCCUGGUAAAGUUGAUGAUGUGCAUCUGGAUAAUAUCUCUUUCCAUCUUGAGGAUGGAGCUAUCAAAUGGAAAUUUGUGAAUCAAAGAAUGGUGGUUGUGGAAAGGGAGUUAGGAAAGGAUGUUGUUAAAGUCAAGGAGGUCAUGGACCUGAUAAAGGCUGCUGGAUUGUUGAAGACUAUGGCUGGAUUCUCUCAGUGCUAUGAGGGUUUAGUUAAGGAAUUCAUUGUCAACAUUCCUGAGGAUAUUACUGAUAAGAACAACAAGGAAUUUUGCAAAGUGUUUGUGAGAGGUAAGUGUAUCACAUUCUCUCCCACUGUUAUUAACAAUUUUCUGGGAAGAAGAGUUGAGGGUGAAGGUGAAUUGGAAGCUACAAACAAUGAGGUAUGUAGAGAAAUUACAACAAUGUAG